UUUUUUUUUUUUAACUACUCUCUAUUUUUGUUUCGUUGUAUACCAAUUUUAUGAAAUGUCUAAGAAUGCUACUACAAAGCCGAACAAACGAUUGAAGCCAUGUUACCGAUGUAAAACACAAAGGCGCAAAUGUGAUAGACCUUCUGAAUCAGUUGCUUGUUUUCGAUGUAUCAAAAGUAAUCGUGAAUGUGUCAAUGACGAUGGUACUUUGGAAAUGGAAGAUGACUCUAUUGAUGGUAAUUCUGAUCUUCAACAUUUUGCACUGCAAGUGACUAGUCUCCAACAAGACUUGCAUCGCAUGGAAUCCUUACUUCAGCAAGAACGAGAAGCAGCAGUGAUGCGUACAUCGACAAGCUCAAUUAUGAAGGCAUCUAACGAUAGAACGAAUAUGGACUAUCAUCCCUAUACAACACCAAUUACAGCUUUAGAGGUAUCAUCAACUUACUCUGUUUAUAUUAAUCAAGAUCCUCAAUCAACUACUGGUCUACAACUACUACCCUUGACCCCUUCCUUAUCAUCUAAUUCAUCAGUUAUCAAUACAUCGUCAACAACGAGAGGAUCAUCAAUAAUAGAUAAUGAUGAUGAUGAAUACCGCUGGGAACUGACUGUAGUGGAUGGAAAACUUCGAUUGGAAUCACCUAUUCGCACUUUUGAUGAACUGAUUUCUUAUGGGCAUGCUCUCCAACGUUACCUUUCACCAUUUGCUGGUAUAUUCGACAACACCGCCUUUUUAUUCGAAUCAAUCCAACCUGCAAGUUUGAUACCAAUGAUGGUGCAAGUAGUCGCACGAACUCCUCAUUCAGUACAAGGUAGUGCAAUGCAACAACAGCAACGCAAUGGACUCAGUAUGACGAAAAGGCAUCAUUUUAUGCUGAAACAACAACUUCCAGAAAUCCUCUUGGUAACUGCAGGCAAAGAUCCUCCUAUCUCUGUUAUUGACGAACUGAUCAGUAUUUAUUUCACUUGUAUCAAUCCUUCUCUGCCCUUGAUCCAUGGUCCUUCUUAUCUGGCUGAAUAUGAAACAAUGGUACGACCUGAUCCAUUUCAACACGCAUUGACCAUGGCGAUGUUAUCCUGUCUGUGUUCCUCUACAUGUAAUCAUAUCAAAUAUAAUAAUUUUGAACGACGAGCUCUUGCAGAUUAUUUUUACCAACGUGCUAUUGAUCGACUUUGUGAUACAUUUGACGAACCUGAAAGACGAUUAGAAACCUUGAUGAUCAUUAAUCUUAUCUCUCAAUAUCAACUUAUAACAAUGCGUGUUGCGGAAGGACGAAAAUGGUGCUCUAUCGCUCAUAUGAUUGCAAUGGAUCUUCAACAGGAAUACAAUCUUCAUCAUCAAUAUUCUAAGAAGUCGUCAUCACCGUCUUCGCCAUUAUUUUCAUCAUCUGCGUCAUCACCAUCCUCAUCAUCAACACCAUUAUCACCAUCAACACCUAAACCAUCAGCAUCAUCGCCAUCAUCAUCAACAUCAUCAUCAUCAUCUCAUACAACUGCCCAGUUUACAUCUUUAGAAGACUUGGUCCCAACAACAACGGAUGUUGAUCGUGCUCUUCUCCAACGACAUUAUAUUAUGGCUUUACACAAUCAAAAAUUCUUGGAUUUUGUAGUGGAUCAUGAUCCCAAAAUUAUGGAAUUCCUCAACUCAAAACCUUUGGAAUACGUAGUGGACGAAGAUGAUAUGUCGUAUACCUUUAUUGCUAUUUAUAACAAAACUCUAAAACUCAUGUGUCAUCCAGUGACUUUGGAUCUAACAGAACAAAUACAUCGUAUGCACUUGGGUGAAGUGGCCAAAGUAUCAUUGGAACAAAUUUUACGACUCGAUCAAAUAUACAAGGAAUGGUGGCAUUCUCUCCCUAGCUGUUUUCGUCUAUGUGAUCAAUAUCCAGUGGAUACUUCUUCUCGACCUUUUGUAGAAAAGUGCAACGAUCAAGUCCAGCUGAUUGUGUUUAUUAUUACUGUCAUCCACAAGACGGAGAUAAAUCUUGCACUUACGAAACCUUCCAAUCAAUCAACGAUUUCUCAAGGUGGUAGCUAUGAACUCGCCCGUGCUAUUCAAGAACGAGCCCUUAUUGAAGCAUAUGAAUGUAUUGAAAGUUUGAUUGUGGCGAUAAAACAAUUUGAAAUGAUCAAAAAGAAUUUAUGUGUGUUUAGUUCGGAUUUACUGAUUACUGCAUCUGAUUUACUUUGUAAACUUGCGACAUCAUCAAGUAUAUCUGUCAAAGAUCGAGCCAAAGAUCGAUUGGUAGAAGCCUUACAUUUACUUCGACAAGCUCCAUAUAUGGUAGGCAACUUGGUACCACCUUCCUUUUCGCCAUUAUUAUUUUUAGAAAAGAAUCCUCCUGGUUCAUCUACAUUAGGGUUACCAACAUCUGUAAAUGAUCUUAGUGCCAAUAUCAUCGACAUGUAUAGCGAAUAUCCUACACCUCUAUUUGCUUUUGGAUAUGAUGUUAUACGAAAGGCUUCAGAAGGUCAUUGAAUAUUUUUAUUAUGAUGGUUUUAUAGUUGUUAUUAUUAACUAGUCAAAUAGUAUAGAUACCAAUAAUUACUUUGUAAAUUAUAGUUUAUAAAAUUCAUGUAGUUCUUAUUAUUUAUUUAUUUAUUUUAUGGAUAAACAAUUUCCUUUUUUU